AUGCCUGCUAAUAAUAAUGCAGUCGCAAAUACUGCGUCAAAGUUUCGAAUUUUCGUACAAAUCAAAACGAGUUCAGCAUUAACAUAUUUUCAAGCACCGGGUCCCAUCUUUAUAUGGGACCCGAUAAACAUGAGAUUUUUCAAAGGUGUCCGUACCAAAAUGCCUCCUAGUCUUAAGCUUUUACGAUAUAACAGACCUAAUUGGCAUAACUAA